AUGGCUGGAGUACUAGUUGACGUUCUGCUAGAGCGUUUGGCUACGCUCGCCGUUGACAAGUUCGUGCAAGAGAUGAAGCUGGUGGGCGAGGUUGAGCAAGAAAUCGAAGAUCUCAUCAGGAAACUCAGAGCUAUUCAAGCUGUGCUGGAGGACGCAGAGCAGAGGCAAGUGACGGAAGCCAGAGUGAAACUUUGGCUGGAUGAGCUAAAGGAUGUUUCCUUCGACAUGGAUGACGUGAUCGACGAGUGGAUCACUAGAGUUGAGAAGCAUCUGCUGGAGAAACAAGAAAAACAACAGAAGAAGGUUGAGAAGCAUCAGCUGGAGAAACAAGAAAAACAACAGAAGAAGGUAUGCUUCCCCUUUCCUUCCUCUUGCUUUCGCUUCGGCCAAGUUGAUUAUAAGCUAUUUCUUCGUCGCGAGAUUGCUGUGAAGGUAAAAGAGCUGAAUGAAAGAUUAAAAAAGAUUGAGGAAAACAAACAAAGCUUUAACUUUCAACAAAACACCCCAAGGUCAGUUCCCGAACUACUUCAAAGACCAAAAACUACUUCUCUUCCCAAUGCUGAAACAUUUGGUCGAGAUUCAGAGAAGAACCUUCUAAUUAGCAAGCUGCUAAGUGAGAGUAGUGAAGAAAGCAAGGUUCCUCUAAUCAUCCCCGUUGUAGGGUUGGGGGGAAUGGGCAAAACAUAUCUUGCCAACUUGGUCUAUAAUGAGAUCAAAACUCAUUUUGACAAGAGCAUAUGGGUAUGUGUCUCCCACCCUUUUGAUGAAAUCAAGAUUGCUCAAGCUAUAAUUGAAGAGUUAGAUAAAGAUAAUUCCUCAAAAUCCUCAAAUGUGUUGCAAACCUUGAUGCAAUGUAUAUUUGAUUUGAUUAAGGGUAAAAAAUUCCUUCUUGUCUUAGAUGAUGUUUGGUAUCCAAAAUCUAGUCAAUGGGAAGAAUUCAUCAAACCUUUAAGCAAAGGCGCUGCGGGCAGUAGGGUAUUGGUGACGACUAGAAAUGAGGAUGUUGCUACUGAUGUAAUGAUUGCAACUACUGAAUUGGUUACUUUGAAGGGGUUAGGGGAAGCAUCUUGUUUGUCACUGUUCUAUCACAGUGCAGACAUGGUUGAGAAUAAUGUGUCCAAAGAGUUUCAUGACAUUGGGUUAGAAAUUGUGAAAAGAUGCAAUGGGUUGCCUCUUGCUGCAAAGACGUUAGGAAGCCUCAUGCGCAAUAAGAAAAAUAAUAUUCGUGAAUGGCGAGAUGUUUUAAAGAGUAAGACAUGGGAAUUGAAAGAGGUGCAACAAGAUGUUUUUCGGCCACUACUAUUAAGUUAUCAUGAUUUGCCUCUUCCAACCAAACAAUGUCUUUUGUACUGUGUUCUCUUUCCAAAAGAUUAUGUGUAUGAUAAGAAUAACUUGGUUGAAUUGUGGAUGUCGCAAGAUUAUUUGAAUGACAAUGGAAGUAAAGAAAAUAUGAUAGUUGGUCAAAAUUAUUUUCAUGACUUAGUAAUGAGGUCAUUCUUUCAAGAUAUUGAGAAGGUAGGUGAGGAGAAUGUAAACAUAAGAUGCAAAAUUCAUGAUAUGGUACAUGACUUUUUGCAAUAUUUGACCAAGAAUGAAUGUUUGAUGUUAGACGUUGAGAUGGAUGGUAGGAACAGAGAAAAGGUGCCAUAUGAUAAAAUCCGUCAUUUUACUUCAAUGCAGUCAACCCACAAAGACUUUUUGGAACAUUUUCUCCCCAGUUGUAAAAAAUUACGUACAUUGGUACAUUCAUAUUCAGACUCCAUUUCCAUUGAUGCAAGGGUAGAGAUGAUAGUUGAAUUGAAAAGCCUUAGGACAUUAAUAUUGUUGCAAUGGCCUUUCAAAGAAAUUACUGAGACGAUAGGUGGGUUGAUACACUUAAGGUAUCUUGAUUUAUCCGGUAAUGAUAAGUUGAAAGAAUUACCGAGCGCCGUGGGUAGCUUAUACAACCUGCAAACCUUGCGACUUGAUGGAUGUUGGAGUCUAACAAGAAUAGAUGUGCGGAGACUGAUUAACUUGAGGCAUCUCUAUGUUGCAGACUGCUCAUUACUGAGGUUAAUUAAAGGGAUUGAGAAAUUAACACAUAUGCAAAGACUGGAUUGGUUUAGAGUCCGAGACGGUGGUGAUGAAGGAGGAAACAAGUUGGAACAUAUGACAGACUUGAACCAGCUUCAAGGGAGUCUUGUGAUUGAUAUUGAUAGGUUUCCCAGUACAGCGGAGAAUAAUGCAGCAAUUAUGAAGAAUAAGGCUCACAUCUUGGUAUUGUGUCUAUUUUUCACGGGCAGUGAAGAUGACCAACAAAUUAUGAAUAGGUUAGAGCCGCAUCCAAGUCUGGAAUCUCUGACCAUAGUUCGGUAUGCAGGCGGCACCUUUUCCGAUUGGUUGUCGUCUUUACACAGCUUGAGAGUCCUCAGCCUUAGCCAAUGCCCAAGUUGUGAGAUUUUGCCUUCUUUAGGGAAACUGGCGUCCCUUGAAUCAUUGGAAAUUAGGAGACUCCAUAAAGUCUCAAAGGUAGGAGUUGAGUUUCUGGGAAUCGAACAAGGGCAAACCUCCUCCUCGUCCUCCGUUUUCGUUUCAUUCCCCAAGCUCAAACAACUCACCAUCAUUGAGAUGGAGUCAUGGGAAGAGUGGGAAGGAGUGGAAGAGGGGAAUUCUGAGAAUAUUUCAAUCAUGCCAUACCUCUCUCACUUGCAAAUUUCUGAGUGCGAGAAACUAAAAGCACUGCCGGACUUCCUGUGGAAGACACCUCUACAGAAACUGAACAUCAGCGGCUCUCCAAUUCUCCAAAACCUUUACGGACAAGAAAAUGGCGAGGAGCGGACCAAGAUUUCAUACAUCCCAAGCAUCCAGAUGCAAGAUACAAAUCAUAAAGCACGUUUUCCGUUGUAUGUCACUAUUGGAGGGCAGAAGGAAACAUCAAUUGAGGACCGUCACUUCAGACACUCAUCUCCUUACCAGUUCUGGCUCUUUAUUACUUCUGCUGGUGUUGUUCAAGAUACAGGAAUGACAAUGUUGAAAAUUAUUCAUCAAAGGAACAAGAGGAAGAGGAAGAAGAAGUAG